GUCAGUGGUGGUGGGCCCCUCGUCGUCGUCGACGCCGACCAAAACAUGUCUCGCCUCGCUUCGAAGCGACUUCGCAUGUUAUAGCUUCUCCCUCGGAUCACUAUCGUCGUCGCCCUCGUCCUCCUCUUCCUCUUCCCACCCCUCCCCCGGAAGAGUCGGAGACGAGAGACUUCGCUAGCGAAGGACACGAAGAGGUGCGAUUCUAGGGUUCGGAUCUUCGUAUCUUGGCUCCGUCCCUGUCUCCGGCGGCGGCGGCGGUGUGUCAGUGGUGGAGAAGGGGCGAUGGCGCGGAGCAGGUCCUCGUCCUCGUCGGCCCGGUGGCGCUACCUCCACCCCUCGUACUAUCUGAAGCGGCCGGCGCGCCUCGCGCUACUCUUCGUAGCCUUCGUCUUCGCCACCUUCGCCGUCUGGGACCGCCAAACCCUAGUCCGCGAGCACGAGGUUGAGGUUGGAAGAUUAAAAGAUCAAUUAAAUCGGCUUCAAGAUCAGUUGAGGAAAGUAGAGAAUCGUUUGGAGAGCUCAGAUGAACACUUACCAGGUGUUAAACUAAUGGAGAAGGAUCUUGUAAAACUCGAUCCCCUUAGUGAUGAAAGGAGAGAAAAAGUGAAGGAGGCUAUGCUUCAUGCAUGGAACUCUUAUGUGACAUAUGCAUGGGGCCAAGAUGAGCUUCAGCCGCAAUCAAAGAAUGGUGUCAAUAGUUUCGGUGGUCUUGGAGCUACACUUGUUGAUUCUCUUGAUACGCUCUACAUAAUGGGCCUUGAAGAUGAAUUCCGGAAAGCUAGAGAUUGGGUUGCAAACUCAUUAGAUUUCGAGAAGGAUUAUGAAGCAAGUGUCUUCGAGACAACCAUAAGGAUCCUUGGUGGACUCCUUAGUGCAUAUGAUCUCUCAGGGGAUGAUGUAUUUCUUGAGAAGGCUAAAGACUUAGCUGAUAGGUUGCUACCAGCAUGGAAUACAACAUCUGGUAUACCAUAUAACAGAAUUAACUUUGCUUAUGGCAGAGCUCAUAAUCCUGGAUGGACGGGGGGAGACAGUAUCCUGGCAGAUUCUGGCACUGAGCAACUUGAAUUCAUUGCUUUAUCACAGAGGACAGGAGAUCCCAAAUACCAACAGAAGGUUGAAAAUACUAUCAAACAACUCCAGAAGAUAUAUCCUAAAGAUGGUUUGCUUCCAAUUUUCAUAAAUCCUCAUUCAGGGACUCCAUCAUACUCGACAAUUACAUUUGGUGCUAUGGGUGAUAGUUUCUAUGAGUAUUUACUUAAAGUUUGGAUACAAGGGAACAAAACCGACGCGGUGAGGCAUUACAGAGAAAUGUGGGAGACUUCAAUGGAAGGCCUGUUGAGCUUAAUUAGGAAAAGUACUCCAUCUUCUUUCUCAUAUAUCUGUGAGAAGAAUGGUGAUACUUUGUCCGACAAGAUGGAUGAAUUAGCUUGCUUUGUUCCUGGAAUGUUGGCUUUAGGAGCUUCUGGCUAUGGUCUAGAAAAAGACCAGAAAAUGAUGACUCUUGCGAAAGAGCUUGCUCGGACUUGUUAUAAUUUCUACCAAUCAACACCAACAAAAUUAGCUGGAGAGAAUUAUUUCUUUCAUUCUGGACAGGACAUGAGUGUGGGCACAUCAUGGAAUAUACUUAGACCAGAGACUGUCGAGUCUCUUAUGUACCUCUGGCGUUUAACUGGAAAUAAAACAUACCAAGAUUGGGGUUGGGACAUUUUCCAAGCAUUUGAAAAGAAUUCACGCAUAGAGUCAGGAUAUGUUGGACUUAAGGAUGUAAACACAGGUGUAAAGGACAACAUGAUGCAGAGCUUUUUUCUCGCGGAGACACUCAAAUAUCUCUACCUCUUAUUCUCGCCGCCUUCAGUCAUCCCCUUGGAUGAGUGGGUUUUCAACACAGAAGCACAUCCCUUCAGGAUUGUCACCCGCCCCAAUAAAGAAGAUACAUUAGGAGGUACAAAUAGAAAAUUUAUUCCCAAGCGCGCUGUCAGGCCAUUUGGGAGGAAGCAAGGAAGACCAGAGUAAAAGCGAGCUUCAAGUAUGAACUUCAGUCUACCAACAACAACUUAUUGUGGGUAAACUGUAUGAUUAGUCCCUGUUAUAGCCCAAUAUUGCUAUUUAGUUCCUGAGCUUUUUAUUUAAAAGCACGUAAAAUAAUCCCGAAGCUUCUCGUAUAUUGCAAUGGCAUCCUUGGCACUAGACAAUAUUUGAACUUCUUUCAAUAAAAUUGCCUCUUUAGCCCCAUUUUAAGUACACUGAAAUAGUGAAGUCAUUUUACAAAAGGGAUAAAUGGUCUUUUACAGUAAAUAUAGAUUUUUUUUUCCUUCCCACAUACAGUGAUGUGAAUUACCAUAUAUGAGAAAGUUCGGGAGCUGAUGUGUUUAAAUGAGAAGUUUGGGGAGACAAAAGUUGCAAUAUCUGCUAUAGUACAGGGACUCUCCCUUCAUUGCCCUUUUCCACUCACCCAUUGAUUUGGUGGACCUUGAUCUGAGAAGAGCACAUGUCAUUUGUCUAUUGUUUCCAGGUAAAACUAUAGGUCUAAUUUCUACGAAAUUUGAUUAUUUAAAGGUAUUUUCAAGCUAGAAAUGAGAAGCAUCUGUGGAAUCUUUUGUUACUGGCGGUACAGAUGAUAUAUUUAAGAGACCUGUGAGAACUUCAGGUUCAGUGUUUAAUAUAUUCGUUAGUUAUUCUGCUGACCAUGAAUGUUACCAGUUAAUGAACUUAAGCUCUAUUUCUAUAUCCUACCCAGUAUUCCAAAGUACGCCGCACCAGUUGUUUUGAAUCUUGUACAGUCGUUUUUGUAUGUAUGCAUGUCAAAGUGAAUGUUCAAAAGUUAAACUCCCAUUCUUUCA